UGGCCAAGGGUGUAAGUUGGCACACAUUCUGGAUCGAAAGAGAUGAUGGGGGAAGAAGAAGAAGAAGAGUGAUGUUUAGGGUCCUGCUUCGGUUCUCAUCUGCUUUCUCAUCGUCGGUUUCAUGGUCUUCAACGUCGGUAAGUCUUCAGAAUUCACCCACAGUCUUUGCUCUUGGCGAGCUCGCCAUCAUGUACCCCGUUUCCGGCGGCUUCUACACCUACGCAACCCGCUUCAUCGACCCGUCCUUUGGCUUCGCCGUCGGCUGGAACUACUUCUCCCUCUGGUUCGUUGUCCUGCCGCUCGAGCUGACAGUCUGCUCCCUCGUCAUCCAGUACUGGAACCAGGAGAUAAGCGUCGGCGUCUGGAUCACCAUCUUCUGGGUCGCCAUCAUCCUCAUCAACAUCUUUGGGAGCAUCGGCUACGCCGAGGAAGAGUUCUGGUCUUCCGUCAUCAAGCUCGCGGCGACGGUCGUCUUCAUGAUCAUCUGCUUCGUGCUCGUGCUCGGCGGCGGCCCGUCGGACGGUCGGUAUUCCGAAUACGUGGGAGCCAAGUAUUGGCAUAAUCCGGGGGCGUUCCGCAACGGAUUCAGGGGCUUCUGCUCCGUGUUCGUCACCGCCGCCUUCUCCUUUACCGGAACGGAACUCGUCGGCCUCGCGGCGGCGGAGAGUCGCAACCCGGUCAAGUCUCUGCCCAGCUCCAUCAAGCAGGUGUUUUGGAGAAUCACCCUCUUCUACGUGCUCGGUCUCUUUUUCGUCGGCCUCUUGAUUCCUGCGGACGACCAGCGGUUGCUGUCCAGCGCGGCGUACACCGACGUCAAGGCUUCGCCGUUUGUCCUCGUCGGGCUCUACGCCGGCCUCCGCGGCUUCGACCACUUCAUGAACGCCGUCAUCCUCAUCUCCGUCAUCUCCAUCGGCGUGUCCAGCGUCUACGGCGGCUCGCGCACCCUGACGGCCAUGGCGCAGCAGGGCUACGCCCCCAAGUUCUUCACCUACAUUGAUCGCUCCGGCCGAUGCCUCCCCUCCACCAUCCUCAUGCUGCUCACCGGUCCGCUCGCCUACAUCAACCUCAGCGCCUCGGGGCCGACGGUUUUCAACUGGCUGCAGGCGCUGUCCGGUCUGGCUGUGCUCUUCGCUUGGGCCGCCAUCUGCCUGGCGCAUAUCCGUUUCCGUGCCGCCUGGGCCUACCACGGGCACUCUGUCGAGGAGAUUCCGUUCAAGGCAAUCUUUGGCGUCGUGGGAUCAUGGAUCGGGUUGAUUAUUUGCUUCAUCGUCUUUAUUGCUCAAUUUUACACAGCCAUCGCACCCCCUGGCCAAGAGGGGCUCAACGAUGUCGAGGGCUUCUUCCAGGCCUACCUCGCCCUCCCCAUUGUCCUGGCCUUUUGGAUCGGCGGAUACAUCUGGAAGCGGACUGGCUGGCUGAAGCUGGACCAGAUCGAUGUCGAUACCGGUCGUCGUGAGCUGGAUUGGGAUGAGAUUCGCGCCUAUCGGGAGUUUGUGGCAGCUCAGCCUUCUUGGAAGCGCGUUUACUAUACGCUGUUCCAGUAGUU